UCAGACCGGCCUCGGUGAGAAAUACACGAGAUUGUGACAACUAUACUCAAAUUAAAUAAUAACGAAGAAAACAAAAGUGAUACAACAAAAGAAUUUGAUCCUUCUGCUAACGACAGAAGCUUCAAAAUGGAUUUCACAAGCAAAGUAGUCAUUGUAACAGGAGCCAGUUCAGGAAUUGGUGCAGCAUCAGCGAUUCUCUUCGCGAAACAUGGAGCGAAACUCACUCUAAUUGGGAGAGAUGAACAGAGACUUAAUAACGUUGCAGAAAAGUGUCAAGAAGCCAAUGGAUUAACUCCCUUAUGUCUUAGAUUAGAUCUUACUGCCAAUGGAAGUUGUGCUGAAGUGAUUUCCAAAACAGUGGCUACAUAUGAAAGGAUAGAUGUCCUAGUGAAUUGUGCAGCUAAAAUGCUUAUAGGAUCACUAUUUGAUGACAGUAUGGAGACGUUUGAUGAAAUGCUAGACAUAAAUCUUCGUGUACCAUACAAACUGACACAUCUAGCGUUACCAUACCUAGUAAAAACUAAAGGUAAUAUAGUCAAUUUGCACGCUACAAAAUAUACAAAAGUUGUGCAUGGAUUUUUGCCAUAUACUAUCACGAAAGCUGGGUUAGAAAGGUUUACGAGAUCAGCUGCAGUUGAAUUGUCAUCUGAAGGUGUAAGGAUGAAUGCAGUCCAACCAGGAUUGACGAAGACGAACAUUUUGGCGAAUCUUGCAAUGGAAAAGGAUGAAAUUGAGUAUGCUUAUGGAGUGCUGGCUAAUAAAAUGAAGGUCCUGGAUCCUGAGGAGGUGGCUAAAAUGGUUUUGUUUGUUGCCAGUGAUGUGUGCCCUAAUUUAAAUGGUGCUGAUAUUGGACUUACGGGAGGCACGUCGUUUUUGUGAAUAUACAUAUGAGACUGUUAUUUAGAUUGUGCUAAAAAACUAAGUGUGGAGUGCGUGAAGAAUAAUACAGUUUGGAUGCAAAUAAUGAGUCUGUAAAAUGUUGUGUUGUUCUUAGUUUAAGUGCGAGAGGGCAAUGUGGUUUAAGCUGUACUACAUAAUCGAUUAGUUCAUGCUAUAAUACUACAUCAUACGAUUAAGGAUCCUAUUUAGUUUAGUAAAAGUAGAAAUUAAGGUGAAUAUCUAGAGAUAAGUAAGUGAUUUUAAUACCUGUACCUACACUAUUCUAUUAUGUUUUCCGUGAUAGAAACUAAGUAAUUAGUUAUUAUCAGAUAAUGAAGUUAACAGUCGCGACAUUGUUUUAUCGAUCUGGCUUUGUUCUUAUUUCAAGAAUCGUUGACCCUUUUUUGUUAUUUAAAAGUUGUUAAUGAAAAACAAAAUGAAAUAAUGGUCUUCAGUAAAGUUUUAUCGAAGUUUUUUUGUUGUUGUUUGCUGUUGUAUCUAUCGUUUAUCUUAUUUACUAUCUAAAAUCCCGCCGAGUACAUGUCUGUAUCACAUCCGCUUGACUUUUACUUUAUCAAAUAAAGUGUAAGUAAACAUUAA